AUGUAUCUGCGAUACCCUUCCUUUAUUAUUGCAGCUGUGCUGGGCUACACUUCAAUUCUAUCUCAACAGGCUUAUGCUGCGCAUAUUCCUGCCCGUUAUCACCAUGGCCCUGGAGGUCGAUUCCAUUAUGGCUUUUCUACAAGCAGUCUCCCAGCAAGCAGCGUGUCUGUUCAGCCAACACCUGCCAAGAGCACUCAUGCUAGCUCUACAUUGAUCAGCGUUGCUACUCCCUCAGCUACACCCUCCAGAUCCCCAGUAUCCACAAACAGUACAGCCAAAGCGAAUGUCAUCAUCCCAUUCUACCUAUACCCAUCUGAAGGAGCCUGGACGCCCUUGGAGAAAUUGAUCGCUGCCAAUAAAGACGUAGAAUUCACCAUCAUCAUCAACCCAGACAACGGCCCCGGCUCUUCUUCCUUGCCCGAUGAUGCCUUCAUCACGGAAGUUCCCAAGCUCACUGCUCACAGCAACGCGCUUGUUCUAGGCUAUGUUCCCACUGGGACUGGAUCUCGGGACAUAUCUGAAGUGGAACAGGAUAUUAAGAGAUAUGCUGGAUGGGCGUCUGCAAGUGGAAACGGUUCAUUUGCAGUCCAGGGUGUUUUUCUUGAUGAGGCCCCUGCUGAGUAUAGCUCCGAUACUGUCACAUACUAUCAAAAAUUGGCUUCGCUUAUCAAAGGCAGUGAUGGGCUUGGCCCAGAAAACCAAGUUGUUAUGAACCCCGGAACAGUCCCCGACACCGCCUACCUGGAUAUCCCAGACCUCACUGUUAUUUUCGAAUCACCAUACAGCCAGUUCCUAGAAGCUGUCGAAGCCAAUGAGUUUAAAAGCAUCAAAGGUGUUGACUCAAAGAAGCUGGCUUCGAUGGUCUAUGAUAUCCCGGGGACAGUAGACCUCUCGAGUUUGGUUCAGCAGCUUUGUGACAUUUCUGGUCAAACAUACUUGAGUAAUACAAAUACAUACCAGGCCUAUGACUCGCUGUGGGGUGAGGUGGUUUCUCUGCUGACUGCAUGA